GUCAGUAGCACAGUGAGCACACCGCUACAGAGCCGGCAGAGGGAGAUUAUGUGAACAAGGUGGCUUUGUGUUUUAACUAUUGUUCGUUUCUACGCGGAAAAAACAACAACACACACACACGUAGAGACAACAGGAACAUGAGGUUGAUUUUUCGUAUUUCAUCCCAUUUUUUAUUAGAAUUAUUUGUUCCUCCCCCCGUUUUCUCAGAGAUGGACAAGAAGCGACGUUCCGAGGAAUGAGUGAGUGAGGAGCAUCAUUUACCUUCGGAAAUUCAUUCUUAAUGACACCAUUUGGAUACAGUAAUCUGAGUGUAUGGGAGUAUUUUUCGACAAAACGACCUUGCUUUGGCGAACAACACCUUAGACAUCAUGAGCUCUAAUGCGCAUCACCAAGGCUCAACGAGAGGUGAGCCAAGUGGUGGGCCAAUUCAGUGUCAACGGUGUCGUGAAGUGUGCAAAGGAGAGGUGGUUCGAGUUCAAGAGACCCACUUUCAUGUCAAGUGUUUCACCUGCACAGUGUGUAACUGUGAUCUGGCGAGGUCAGGCUUUUUCCAGAAGAAAGGCGAGUACAUCUGCACAGCAGACUACCAGCGACUGUACGGCACACGGUGCGACCGUUGCAACACUUUCAUCACGGGCGAGGUGGUCUCUGCUCUGGGACGGACUUACCACCCCAAGUGCUUUGUCUGUGGUGUCUGCAGCAAACCCUUUCCCAUCGGAGACAGAGUGACAUUCAGUGGAAAGGACUGUGUGUGCCAGCAAUGCUCUCACUCACUGGCCAAGCCAAAUGAACCUAUCAAAAUCCACGGGCCAAGCCACUGUGCUGGAUGUAGAGCAGAGAUCAAGCAAGGUCAGUCUCUCCUGGCACUGGAGAAGCAGUGGCACGUCAGCUGCUUCAGAUGUCAAACGUGCAACAUGGUCCUCACCGGAGAGUACAUCAGCAAGGAUGGAGUGCCAUACUGCGAGGCGGACUACCAUGCCCAGUAUGGGGUGAAAUGUGAGGGCUGCAGCAGAUACAUAAGUGGAAGGGUUCUGGAGGCUGGAGGGAAGCACUACCAUCCAACUUGUGCCCGCUGUGCUCGCUGUAACAUGAUGUUCAAAGAGGGAGAGGAAAUGUAUCUGACAGGGUGCGAGGUGUGGCACCCAUUAUGCAAGCAAGCAGCAAGAGCAGAGCGGAGGCUCAGGCACAGACGCUUGUCUGAGACCUCCAUCUCUCCUCCAGGCUCUUCCAUUGGUUCUCCUAAUAGAGUUAUUUGUGCCAGAUUGGCGAAUGAGUUCCUAGAUUAUAAGGACCUAGCUGCCCUCCCAAAGAUCAAGGCCAUAUAUGAAGUCCAGCAUCCAGACCUCAUAUGCUCCUCAUACCAGCCCUACCAGAGAUACACCUCUGAUGACAGGCUAGACUUGACUUACAGCUAUGGGGAGUCACUUGGGACACUUUCUCCGUAUUCUCAGGACUACAACUGCCUGGACAUGAAGCAGAGGCGAUGCUCCAGUCCAGGUUACAUUGACUCCCCAACCUACACUCGUCAAGGCAUGUCACCCAUUGCGCCUCGCUCGCCGCAGCACUUCGGUUACCCUGGAUCCGAGAGUGGCAGGAGCUCACCAUACUACGGCCAAGAGGGACGGUCCAACACACCAACCCUCAUCCAGCCCCCAAAACAUUUUCAUGUACCUGCCACAGGGGAGCCCAACAUCUACAGGAAGCCUCCCAUCUAUAAGAGAACGGCAACCAAAAGUAGGACCAGCGAGGAUAUCCUGAGAUCCUCAAGCCUGUCCACCUACUCCCCUGAGUCAUACCCCCAGUCCGAGUGUGACUACUACCCAUACAGCAGCUCCCCCAGGGCCUAUCGGGUACCAAGGAGAAGGUACUCAACAGGAGGAGAUGAAGAGAGUUGGAGUCACAAUCUUCAAAGAAUUGGGAGUGGCAUAGGAAGGAUGAUCCUAAAGGAGGAGAUGAAAGCCAGAUCUGGUUCCUAUGACAACGACCCCUGGGGCAGUGCAAGGAAUUCUCGUAGCGGGAGCAAGGAAACCCUCAACACUACAGGCUAUGGCUCCACGGCUUACAACAACACUAUCAAUGGAUCUCCCCGAUCCCAAUACAGCACUGAUAGUGAGUUUGUUUGCAAGUCUGCCUCACUUCCCGGUUAUGGACGCAAUGGCAUACAACGGCCUCAAAGUGCCGAUUACUACCAGUACCAGUACGACAGUAGUAAUGAACUCAACUGGGGAAGCAGAGCAGAAUACAAGAUUUAUCCCUACGAAGCGCUUAUUGUCACCACCAGAGGGAGGAACAGGCUUCCCAGAGAUGUCGAGAGAUCCAGACUGGAGCGUCACCUCUCCCCAGAGGAGUUUGUCCAAGUGUUCGGCAUGAGCAUCGAGGAUUUCGACAGGUUGGCCUUAUGGAAGAGGAACGAGCUAAAGAAACAUGCCCGACUCUUUUAAUCGUAUGUGAAUGUCCGUCAAAUACUGCCAUACAUUUAGAGAGGAACUGAUAAACUGCAGAGAUUCCUGCACCGUUCACUGCCAUGGCUGAGAACCUGUUCUAGAGCUCGUCAAGCAACCAACCAAAUUGUGGGCACACCAGCACAGACUUGUGUGGUUCAGAGACGUAUUCACACAAACAGUGCUUGUGUGAUCAUGUGCUGGAGUAAGAUGAAAGCAAUACAGACUUGGAAGUGUAGAUGCCAUCUUGUACUUUUCUUUAUUGUGAAGGACUGAGGUAGGCAUGUCUGCCCCCCCCCCCCCCCCCCCCAAAAAAAAGAGAGCUGCCCAACUUUGACACCUGAGAAGAAUUUUGGCUUUGCCUUAUUUGUUGUGCUUUUUACAUAACCUUUAAAAGUGUGCAGCACCAGCAAUCUGAAUAAGUAGAAUGUAGUUGAAAUAUAACAUUUUUGUCACUUUAUUCGUAAAAAUGAUGCAUAAUGAUAAUGAAUGAGAGCUUAAAUGUUUGCUUUGUGUUUUUUUUUUUGCAUUAUUAUCACUUCUUCCCCCUGAUUAUGCACUCUUACUCAAAAUACUGUUUCUUUAUACUGACUAUCAAUAAGAAAGAAGCAACGGAAAGUACAGUGCUUCUAAACCUAUUUGACUUACAGUAAAUAUGAAAAAACAGUGUGCAAAUGCAGAUUAGCAGUACACAAUAAUUAAUGGUUACACCAUUUAAAGUGAAUGACGAUGCAUUUACUGUGUUUGAGAACAUUUGAGUAUGUGCAAUACACUUCACUGAUCACAAGACAAGCCACAGACACAAUGUUAUCUUUCUGUUUGUUUUGUAGUUCAUUGCAAUAAAGAGUUGUGCACAGCUGUCAUCCAAACAACAUCCAAAAUGAUUAUCCAAUGAUUUUACAGGGGUUAUGAUGAGUAAUUAAAAAACUGCUUUGCAACGAAUUGCUCGUGUUGCUUAAAAUCCAGGGUUAUCAAUGUUUUUCAUUUGCACACUAUUAUUUUGGAUUUUGCCAUUAAAAUUAAACUUAUAAUUCCC